AUGGACGUCAUCAAGGUUUACGGGUUCCCCAUGAAUGAGGUUUGGAUGGUCGAAGAGGGCGUCAGAUUGGGAUUUUUCAACCCAGAAGACGAUAUCUAUGGGGAAAAGUUCGACGUUGAGCCUGUCUUUGAAGCGAUCAGGAAACAGAGUGGCAUCAAAGGGGUCCACAUGAAUUGCGUUUACGUCGGCGACGAAUUCGCCAUACUUUUCUGGGAAAUUCCAUACCAGAUUUGGAAGGCACCUCGCACCCCAAAACUAGAGCGUCGUCUGGAAAAGUUCCUACAGCUGGCACACCUCCCUCCAAUGAGACCGGCCAUGUAUGCUUCGAUGGACGGAGACUUGCCGAAAAUCUUGCGAGGGAUGAAACAAGCGCCGCCGUGGAUAGAAAAGCUGAGAGUAGAAAGCUCUCCCCUAUAUCGGCCGCUCAGCCAUCAUCUUUUUACAAAGCAAGACAGAUACCCUGCGCGUGCUACUACUGCACACGUCCAAAAGUGGUUUUCUGGACCACCAGUGCCUUUCCUCAACGGACGUCUUACCCGGGCUGAGAACGACCAGAAGGAGAUCACGAAAGAGAGUCUGGCAGCCGAAGGCGAGCCUGUGCUCGGCUUCUAG